GGGCUCUGGACUACAUUUCCCAGAGGAUCCCGCAGGUCGACACCACGUCUCGCGAGAUUUCGGCUUCCUCUUAGCCAGGUGGCGGGACCGUUUGCUGUGCCGAAUUAGCUGCCGCGGAAAGCUGAGGCUCUAACCAUAGAAUAUUGGGAUUGUCCUAUUCUAUGAAGGAGGUUUGCCGGUCGCAACAGGAAUAUUCAUGAACAUGGAGGGGUUGGUCAUGUUCCAGGAUCUGUUUAUAGACUUCUCUCAGGAGGAAUGGGAGUGCCUGGACGCUGCUCAGAAGGACUUAUACAGAGAUGUAAUGAUGGAGAACUACAGCAGCCUAGUCUCACUAGGUCUCUGUAUCCCAAAGCCUGAUGUGAUUUCCUUACUGGAGCAAGGGAAAGAGCCCUGGAUGGUUUCAAGGGACAUGCUGGGAGGAUGGUGCCCAGACUCGGAGUUUAGAUGUAAGACCAAAGAUUCAUGUUUCCCAAAAGAAAUUUAUGAAGUAACAUCAUCUCCCAGUGGGUGAGAAUGGAAAAAUGUCACAGCCUUGU